AUGAGCUCUGAAUGGGCUUCUGAGCCAACUUACCCGGCCCCUGAACGCUCAGCCUUGCCGCCUAUUGUCACCCCCUACUAUGCCAUUCACCCACACAGCGGUGCGGUACAAAUCUCUACACCACAAUCGCUGGCUCACUCAAUGGCCUAUUCACCCGAAUUUCGCAGUAUUGACUGCUAUUGUUGUAUUCUCGGUCAAUACAGCCAUUCACACUCUUCAGUCAUUGACACAAUUCGAACACCUGGAAACACCUUCAUCAUGAACGUGUUCAUCCUUUUCCUGAUCUCUUUCCUCUCCCCGGGCGUUGCGCUGGCCGCAAACCCCUUCGAGCCUGGUAGCGUGGAGCUUGCUGUCGCUGGUCUUUCUGUCUUUGGUCUCUUCUCAUGGCACAUGGUCAAGUACCAUCAUGGACACACUUCUUCAACGGCCGAACACCUCUUGGAUACGAUUGAAAGCAAUUUCACGUCUUCAUGGGCACUCAAACCAACCAUUACCACGACUCAAGCACCAACCACAACCACAGUAACUGUCAUCUCUUACGUGACGAAAGAAGUCACAUUCCCCAUGGACGAGCCCUCAAACAAGAUCGCCAGGGACAGUACCUCGAACGUCGUGACAGAAAGAAUUCUCCUAGCCAACAAGGCUGUCAAGGACCUUUUCCACAAUGGCAUCACCUUCGUCCGAACCUUCAUCGUCGAACCCGCCUGCCACGAGAUCUUCAGAGUCUGCAAGCAAGCGACGAAGGGACCUCUUCUGAAGUCGUCAAUCUUCCUCAUCAACCUUCUCCGAGCACUCAACUGGACCCUGGGCAAGGCAAUCUUUCGUGCAGUCCUCUUCGUCGACUACUGCAUCAUCAUCUUUGGCACCAUCAAGAUAUAUGCCUACCUGUCGCUCGCCUGCAAGAAUGUCACCGGACUCUCCCUCUUUGACGUCUUGAAGCUCCUCAUGACAAUCAUCUUCCCACGACGUGCUGGUCGCGUGUCGGCCGCCACGCAAACUGAGGAUGCUUCUCCGCCGGCCACCCCUCCAACUGUGCCUGCACCUGCCAGUUUGGCCCCUCGUGCUCCUCCCAAGCCAACCGUCGAGGACGCCGACGAUGGCGACGAUGUCUCUCCGCCUGCCAAUUCCCCUACCACCAGCAAUGUGGUUGUUCUGCGCCCGAUCAUCAGGGUGCCCAAUGAGGGUACUUCGAUCUUUGUGGACCGCCGCAGGGCAAUGCCCCGACGGGUUCGAUUUGCAACAGGACAGGACGCCGCUGGUUCAUCUCCUGGCCCUGCUUCGGUGGCAUCGGGUCUCGGAAAACGAGGCUCGAGGUCAUUCGAAGAGCAAUCGACUCGUGCGGAGGAUGGGCCGGCUGUUGCGCGUCCAGGUCGAACGAUCUUGGCUCCUCAUGUUCGUGGAGCGGGUACCGAAAAGUGUCCAUUGCCUCAGGGCAGUUUUCCGGGCCUCCUUGCCGCUGAAGACGACAGCACACCAACAAUCCUACCCAAGCGGGUUCGGAGGACAGAGGACGAUGGUACGACAGUCCCUGUUGAGCAGGAAGAUCAAACCACGACCGAGGAAGAGCAGGAAGUGGACAUGGAGGUGGACGACGGCUUCUCUGAAGGUUCGUCCGACCUAGAGAUCAUCACCGACGACCAAAUGGACGUCGAGUCUGCUAUUGCUCUUGCUCUGCCUGUUCCUGCCAGCUCGUCCAUGGUCCAGCAAGUUCAACAGGCAACUCCAACGAGUAUUGUGCAGGAUGCCAGUACCGGAACAGAUGAAGGGAUGGGAGGAGGAAUGGUGGUGGUGGCUGCUCCGAGUGCGCCAAUCGUGCUCACUGAGGAGGAGGAGGACUUUGCACCACCAGGAUUUGGGGAGGAAGAGUAA